CUAGUGAUACGGUCGCAUACUGCAGUAGGAAGACAAAGCACCUAGAGUGCUAUGGCCGGCUCGUCGUCCUUGGCAUUUCGACGAGCUCUGGCCUGCGGUUCCACGUAUGGCAGCAACAGCGGCAGCAGCAGCAGGCCUCUGGCCAGAGCGUUGCUGUCCUCCUCCUCGCGAAGAACGCCAGGCGACUCAGCAGCAGCGUUGGCUGCCGACGCCGACGGCACAUCAGCGCCUCUAACACCGGGAGCGCCGCCGACCAGAGCAACGGCAUCAGCGAGCCCGGGACUCCGCGAUUUUCUGUCCAAUGUACAUGUGGACAGCAGCCGCACCAGCGGGCCCGACAACAACAGCACCAGCAGCAGUAACAGCGAGAUGAGUUCUCCGGCUAGCUGGAACAGCGAUGACGACGUCGACCCAGCAACAGCAGCCGCCCUGGAGAGUCACAGCGCAAGGACUGCCGAUGGCGGGGAUUGCGGCCUGGUGGAGAGAACUGCGGGUUCGUUUUUCAUCGAAACCUACGGCUGCCAGAUGAACGUGAGCGAUACCGAGGUGGUGCGGGCCAUUCUGUUGAAGGCCGGCUUCAGCGAGGCGGAUACCCUAGAAGAAGCAGGGGUGGUGCUGGCGAACACGUGCGCCAUUCGGGAGCGAGCCGAGGGGAAGGUGUGGGACCGACUCAAGUUCUUCUCGUCCAUCCGGCGGCGGCGGAAGCUCGCGGCGACCCACGCGGCAAAGGCUCGACAGCCUGUGCCGGGGGGGCUGAGCGACCUCAAGAUUGGCGUGCUAGGUUGCAUGGCAGAGCGGCUGAAGGAGAGUCUGCUAGAGCGGGGCGGGGUGGAUCUAGUGACUGGGCCCGAUGCCUACCGAGACCUUCCUCGCCUGCUGGAAUUGGUCGGCACAUCCGGCAGCGGGGAGAGCACGGGUGCCGUCAAUGUACAGCUGUCUCAAGACGAGACGUACGCCGAUAUCGCCCCGGUGCGGCUAGUCAACAACACCUCGGAGGCGGUAUCAGCCUUCAUCAGCAUCAUGCGUGGCUGCAAUAACAUGUGCACCUAUUGCAUCGUGCCCUUCACGAGGGGAAGAGAGCGGAGCCGCCCCCUGGGCAGCAUCGUGGACGAGGCGAUGCGCUUGCGGGACGAUGGUGUCCGAGAGGUGACCCUUCUGGGCCAGAACGUGAACAGCUACCACGACCGGUCGGAGGCUUCAACCGCCUUGUACAACGGCACGGACUACACCACAACCGCCGGCUUCGGCAACACUUUUCGCUCCAGGGGGGGCGCCGGCGCCUACUUCGCCGAGCUUCUGGCAGAGGUAGCAUCCGCUGUCCCGGAGGUGAGGGUUCGGUUCACGUCCCCGCACCCCAAAGACUUCCCCGACGAGGUAUGA